CACUAUAGCAGUUCAUUCCCAUUUAAAAAUAACUUAAGACUUUCAAACCGUAACCGUGAAUGUAAUCGACAACUGCUGGAAAAGUAUCGAUUAAGACACGCUGUCCGAGACACCGAUAGUAUCGAGCAAACAUCGAUUUUGGUUCCAGCUCUACACUGUGGCCACACACGCGUUUUUUCCCAAAUCAAAUCGUGCUUUUUUUUGUGAAACUCCGUUUGUUGCAAAUCGGCGUUGCAUUAUGCUCGCGCAACAAUCUAAAAACUGAACACAACCAGUGGCAAACGCUAAAUUGUAAUCAAAAGCGUGCUUUUGACCGCUGUAAAAUGCCAAAAUUGGUACCGAUUCGCAGCGCGCGUGUGUGUGUGAGCAGAGCGUGAAGAAGAGGAACGGAGAAUUGCGAAAGCAGUGUGUGCAAGCGGAAGAAGCACAAAGACAAAAGGAAGGUGAUAAAAUUAAAAAUAUAUAUCAAAUCUGACAGGCGGCGGUGUCCGGCAGAUACGAAAAUUGGGAAAAUAUUAAAGAAAGCGAGCGGCAUGCGGGAAAGCGGUAAGGGCAAAUCCAAAAGCAAGAACCUCGGAACGCUUCGCCCGAAUUCGGUAUUCAAUCCUUUUUUCCCGCCUCUAAUUUUGCAGGGCUAGUGCCCAGAAUUUGUUCUUCAGUGGUGGUCAAGAAGCCAAAUCCUGAGCAUACGCUGUCAGUUUGUGGCGCCAAACAGAAUAUUAUUUAAAAAUAUCGCCGCGUGUGUAAAAUCUCGGCGGUACGAAAAAAGAGAAAUAAAAAAAAGAAAACCACGACGGCGUGCGUAAGCGCACUCAUACGUUUACACACGCACAGACAGACAGAGCAGGAAGGAUAGAGAGCGGAGCGGUAGUGUGAGAACGAGAGAGCGAACAUUAUACACGCACACACACAAACUCGCUGGCAGGAAUUGCAACAGUGUGUGCUUUCUUUUUUUUUAGUUUUUUUUUUUACUUACGUUUUGUUGUUGUGUGUGCGGCGGCGCUUCUUUUUCGCUUAUUGCAUCUCCCUUUUGUGCCGUUGCUUCGCCGGCUAAAAAGGAGAGUCAAAACUAAAGUGGCAUAAUGGAGGAUGGACAGGAGCAAAGGGAAUCCUCGCAAGCCGAAUUGGCCAAACUGCAUCCUCUGACGCCGCUCAAGGAGCUGCCCGAGGAAGGUGAAGAGGAGGAGGAUGAAUCCUCGGCGGGAGCCCUGCAGUCUGGCAACAACAACUCCAUCAUGGGCAAAAUGAAGAUGCGCGUGUCCAGCAUUCUGCCCGCCUCCUUAAGCGGUUGGUUCUCGCCGUCGUCCAAGGGUGGCCCCGAGGCCUUAUCCUCCCCAGCUAAUGUCCGCCAGUCACAGCCACGACAAUCCAAUGGACGCUCUACUACCAAGCGAAAACGUGGACGCCGUCGGAUAAUGCUCGCAGAAGCGGAUGCCGAUGCAGCCGACGAUCUUGACGAUGGCUCCGAUGCCAAAGGCCUUAACUACGAGGAGGUGGCCCUGGCCGACAACAUAGCCGAGCACGACCUGGCCGCCGAGGAUGAGCAGACGCGGCGCAGCGAGUACAAUGUGUUCCUGCUGCGCAAGCGAGCCGGGGCUGUUGCGGCUGCCGGCGGUGAUGAGGACGAGGCCGAGGAGGAUGAACUGGAGGAGGACGACGACGAAGGCGAUGAGGAGGAUGACGAUGAAGAGCAAGAGAAUCUCCUACAGUCCGCCGCCGUACAGCCCAAGCGUCGACGCCUGGAGCUUGAGACCACCGUCAAUUUGCCCAACAUGCGUCGUCUGCCCUUAUUGUCAUCCACGCCUGCUGCUCCGCUCGCGGCUGCCACCACCUCCUCCACCUCCCAGAUGUACAAGAGUGGCAGCCAGUUGGCUCCACACCGGCGCAACCACCUCAAUUUGUAUAGCAGUCAACGGCAGCGCGAGCCCGCGUACAACUUUUUCACGGGCAACGAAGCCGCCGAGGGAAGCACCGGGGAUCUGCCACACAGCAUCCGCCGUUCGCUGAACAUACCUUUCGGAGGCAGCAGCAACGCCACCAGCCACAACAGCCUCUCCAGCCUUCCUAACCACAAGCGACCAUCGCUUAUAGGCCAGCGAACCCAUCGUCGGGAUCUUACAAUGGAUGAGACGGGAAUUGGACUGGCCAUUAGUUCGGAAGAUCACAUUAAUCAUUUGCUGAGAAUAAGCAGGACCAACAACAACACUAGCAACAAUAACAAUAAUAACAACAAUGUCAUUAAGUCAAAAUCAAGGCGAACUGAACUGUCGGUGGCCGCCGGAGCUGGUGGAGAUUCGCAGUCCGAGAGCGAUAUGAACGAAUAUCAUAACAAUGGCGAAGGCCACGAUGGACUGCGGCCGGCGCAUCAUAACAGCAACAGCAAUUUAGAAUUUUACGGAAAUCUGCAGAGCUCCAAGUCAAUAUUCAACAGGAGCAGCUCCGCCGCACAGCCAUCGCACCGGAAUUCCACGUGGUCGCUGAAUUCCCUUAACCAACGACGUCGCUUCAAUGCAUCCAUAUACGGCAGUACGUCGGCGCUAAGCGACAGUCGUCUGCUGAGUCGCAGUGCCUCAAACUCGGGCUCUGCAUCUGCCUCCAGCUCGCCCUUUUACCAGGGACGCACCACCUUUGGCGGCAAUUCCGCCAACAAUCGCAUCUUCAGUCGCAGCAAUCUGAGCUCCUCCGCUGCAUCCUCAACGUUGGCUCUCAAUUCUGCCGGCAGUUCACCAGCGCAUCCGCUGCAGGGUUCCUUGACUGGUGGUAUAGGAUACGGUAUGAAACCGGUAGACAUGCGACCUUCCGACUCCGCCAGCCAUUCGGAGACAUCUGUGGGCCAAGGUGGCAGUAAGAAUCCCGGUUCCGGGCUGUCGAACACCACACUGCGCAUCCUCAACCUGCUGGACAGCUACUCCACGCCAUUGAUCGAUGCCAAGCGCAUGGGCAGCACCCUCAAGGAGCACCAAAGCAGUCGUCAACUGCGGCAGGGUACGUCCGCCACCCCCUAUUCGUGUAACAUGAUGGGCAGACGCAAUGUUCCGGCGCCCACUCUUGCGAACGAAUUAGCUGAACUGCGCUCAAACAAAUUGCUGGUGCCGACGAUGCAACAGCUUCUGGAACGCCGUCGUCUGCACCGCGUUACCCAGAACUCGCGAGAUGUGGUUCACAGCCAGAACAUUCGUGUUCGUGCGGAAAACAACCAGGAGAAGCCCAAGCAACCUGUACCAUAUGUUGCUCCGAUAGAUCAGCCGGCUAGCCAUAGUCACCACACAAACAAGAUGCGUUCGCGUCUUUCGCACCAGACGCGCAACAAGGAGCCGCGGACGGAGCAAGAGGAAGCACCCCCGCCGCUGGACCUGCCACAGAUCAGCUUUCCAGACAUGGCAAGCGCGCCAAAGUUUGACUUGGUCAUUAAACCCACGGUGCCAGUGGUAUCAAAGCCAUCUUCCACCGUCCCAAUCCCAAGUAGCAAAAGUAGCAGCAGCAACCUCUCUACUACAAACUCCAAGCAGCUGCAAAAUUUCCUGGCUAAUCCGCAGCCUGCGGCCCCAAUUGUGAACUUCUCUGCCAAUGGAAACGUUUCCGCAAUUAGUAAACCAACUGGACGCACAUUCACCUUCUCGGCACCCAAACCCUUGACGCAUUUGCAGGAGAACUGCAUCGCCAAACCGAAGAUCAGUCGCAAAUAUACCUUCCCGGCACCGGCUUCGUUGGAUGAUGUGAUUACAACGAAACAGUCGCAGCCAACUAUAAACGGAACACCGUCUCUGGGAUUCGGUGAGCAGUUUAAGAAGUCAUCCAAGGAGUGGGAGUGUGAUGCGUGUAUGGUGCGUAACAAGCCCGAGGCCAACAAGUGUGUGGCCUGUGAGACGGCCAAGCCGGGAGCAUCUGCUGCUUCUGCCCAAGCACCACCACCCACGGCAGCUAUUGUGGCACAAAGUUUCGGUGGUUUUGGGGAUCGCUUCAAGAAAUCAACCACUGCCUGGGACUGCGAUGCCUGCAUGCUGUCGAAUAAGGCUGAAGCCAGCAAAUGCAUUGCCUGCGAGACUCCAAGGAAAACUGCUGCACCAAAGGUCAACAGCUUCACUCCGCUGAUCACAAAUGCGAAAAGCAACGAGUGGGAGUGCUCUGUGUGCCUGGUGCGCAACAAAGUCGAGGUCAGCAAGUGUGUGGCCUGUGAGUCAGCCAAACCACCCGCAGCUCCCACUUUCGGUAAUCUAGGUGUUGUGCCUCCACUUAUGGCUACGGAUGGCUUUGGGGAUCGCUUCAAGAAAUCAUCGGCUGCCUGGGAAUGCGAUGCCUGCAUGCUGUCUAAUAAGGCCGAAGCCAGCAAAUGCAUUGCCUGCGAAACUCCCCGAAAAUCUGCGGCUCCAACAGUUAACAACUUCCCGUCGAUCAAUAACAAUUUGUCUGCUGUAUCCGGUUUUGGUAUGGCCUCCAAGCCAAGGGCCAACACGUGGGAGUGCCAGUCGUGCCUGGUGAUGAACAAGUCGGGUGUUGCAGAAUGCGUUGCCUGUCAAACGCCAAACUCACAGGCGAGAAGCAACAAUAGCGAGUCCGCCCGGAGUCCAUCCUCGUGCUUCUCCUCGACAUCGUCCUCCGUAUCUUCAUCCGGAUCCUCAUCCGGAUCCUCCUCAGGAUCAUCAUCUGGAUCAGUUGCUUCGGGAUCUAUCGUCAGCAUUAGCUCCACGAGCGAAAGCUCUAUAUAUGGCUUUAAGCCAGGACAAGCAAGUAAGGUGCCCCAACAGGAUGCGGCAUUUCAGCAGCUGGUAGCAGCCCAAAAAACAGCAAGUUGGGACUGCGAUGCAUGCAUGGCACAGAAUGAUAUGUCGCGAACCUCAUGCAUCUGCUGUGAGCAGCUGAAGCCGGGAGCAUCCAGCCUUGCCGCCAUAUCAACAACCAUUUCGUCUGGCUCCGGCAGCAGCGGAACGGCCAACUCUGCAGCCAUUUCGGUACCCAAGUUUAGUUUUGGAUUUGCUACUGUAAAGGAGGUUGUCAAGCCAACUGUGGAAACGACUACAGCUGCACCACCUUCCACUCAAUUUAGCUUUGGUUUCGGCCAAAGCAAUCAGGGUAAGGAUGUGGCGGACAGUAAGAACACGGAGGCCCCGAGGAUCUUUUCGUUUGGAGUGAGCAAAGUGGAACCCAAGACGGUGAGCUUUAAGACAAUCACUAAGGAAACAACGGCCACAUCCAGCUCAGAGGCAACAGCUCCAGCUGCAGCACCAGCCCUCUCGUUUGAAUUCAAGGCUCCAACUACCGCAACUACGGCCAGCUCAAUCACUACCACAACUAGCACCACCAGCACCACUCCCGCUUUGGGUGGCUUCAGCUUUGGCGCUCCAUCAUCAUCCUCCACUGUUUCCAGUUCGACGGCCAGCUCCAGUGCGAAUCCCACGGCCGUUAAGCCCAUGUUCAGCUUUUCCGGAGCUGGCAGUGCCGUAAGCAGCACCAGUAGCCAACAGCCAGCGGCCAAGGCGCCAACCUUGAGUGUUGGUGUUUCUUCCAGCACCGUAACAACGACGACAACCUCUACGACAGCCUUAGCUUUCACCCCGGCAUCUACUCCAGCUCCAGCAGCAGCCACCACGGCACCGGCUCCAGGUGGCGGCUUUAGCUUUGGAAGUCAGUCAAAACCAGCGAGCACACCAGGCACUGGAACCUUCUUCUUUGGCCAGACAACAGCGGCCGCACCAGCAACGCCAACGAACUCUAGCGUGAGCUCCAUCUUCGGAGAAGCAGUUAGCACCACGACAAACUCCAGCUCCAGUGUGAGUGCCACCACCAGCACCACCAACGCCAUUGCUCCCAGCUUUGCGUCCACCUCGACCCCUCAGGUCUUUGGCAAUUGGGGUGAAAGUAAAACGGAGACGACCACCAGCAGCGCAGCCAAGCCAUUCACCUUUGGUGCUUCCUCCGGUUCGGAAACGACGGCAACAUCCAGCUUCGGCUGGUCAAGCAAUGGCGCUGCGGCUAAGAGCAACAGCAUUGCGGUCACCAGUGCGGCGGUGCCUUCCACUUCGGCCUCGACGAUGGCGAAUCCGAUAUUCGGCAGCAGUUCCAUGUUUGGACUUUCCAGCAGUAACACCACCAGCACCACUAGUCUACCAUUCGGAUCCACGGCGACCACUACCACUGCAGCCACGCCGGCGGCAGGCAGUUUAGGCGGCAAUGGAGCCCUUUCUGCGGUAUUCGGUAAUGUUGGCAACUCCCUAGUGCCAGCAGGAACUCCUGCAGCUACAACACCCGCGGCAACAGCCGCUGCUCCGUUGGCCAGCAUCUUCGGUAAUCCCACGCCAAUUGCUGCGGCUGCGCCCGUCUUCGGCAGCGGAAGCACCAUCACAAGCGGAGGAUUCGGAGCGGCAGCAGCUGCCACAGCGGUACCAGGAGCAUUUAACUUUGGCGGAGCAACUGCAGCCACGCCAGCUGCCUCAAGUGCUCCAUAUAAAUUCGGAAGCAGCACCAAUGAGCCACUAGCCAAACCAGCGUUCAACUUCACGGGCUCAGCGGCGAGCUCAACAGCUCCUGCGCCAACCUUCAACUUCUCGGCCAAUACGGCGGCCACUAAUCUCUCCAGUGGCGAUUCGCAGCCGCGCAUCUUCCAAUUCGGUGGUCCGCAACCGGCGGCCAGUAACCCAGCCAGUGGUGUGGGCGGGGCAAGCAACUCCUCCGCCGGCGGCAUGCCCAUGUUCAACUUUGCGGCCGGGGCGCCGCAGAUGCAGCUUCAAUCCGCCAGCCGCCGGCAAUUCGGCGCAGAAUUCCCAGAUGGCUCGCCGCAAAAUCCGCGCUCCCGUGCGCCGUCUGCCGCCCCGGUAGAAAUGGCAUCGCAGUCGGCCAUCAAGAUAGCAAAUGCAUGUACUGAGGCCGCCGUCGGAUUAGGAUUAGGAUUGUGGGUGCCAGUGGGGAGAACAGCAAGGGCAGUAGAAGCAUCAGGGGUCGAUGGGGAAAAGCAGAACACAAGGGACACCGGGGGCAACAGCAGGAUCAAAGGCGCGGUCCACAGACAAAAUCGCCAGGAACUAGAUUUUCAAGGAUUAUCGAAGAUGUUCAAGGAUAACCGCCAGCCGCCAAGUUUGAACAAAUACCGCUUCGUACGCCGCGAUAGCCGGCACGCUAAAACCGAGGCUGACUCCUCCAUCGGAAUCAAAGGACGAAAUAUAGGGGAGCAAAAUCCAGCAAGAGAAGAAGGAGUAGGGUAUCAUGUUUCACAAUUCACAUUCAAGCCAAUUCCGCAGUGGACGACACAAAAUGAAAGCAAUGGCGGCGAUGUCCUUACAUGCACACCAACAACUGGCGACCAGGAGGACAACCAGACCGGAGUACAAGCAUUAGAAUCCAGAUCACAGGAACGCAUUGUAGUAAGGAGUCAAUACAAGAUAGUGCGCCGCAGAAGCGACAGCUGGACACCAAAUCACAAGCCUCCGUCUGACUCUCAAAAUCCCUACUAAGUUCUUUCCACAUCCUUCUCUGCUCUCCGAUGAUAGGGAGCGCGCCACGAGUACGUCGCUCAUACGCAUAAUGAUUGAUUAUGAUGAUUGCAAAUUAUAAGAAAAUUCGUUGAACUUACACGCGCAUUGGUCGCACCAAAAAAACUAAAUUUAUACUGUUCUAAGUUUAAUUUUUAAAGUAAUUUUUGUUGAAUAUAAUACUUAAAUGAUAA